GCGGACCCGAAGUUCCUGGACCUGCUGGCCCUCGCGAGCGAGGUGCUGCACUUCCCGUGGCCCCACCAUCUAUGCCGCCAGGACGAGGGCGAGGAGGCGCUGCACCUCGUGGUGCAGGGCGCCGUCACGGUCGAGAGCAGCCACGCGAGCUCGAGGAUGCUGAGGACUGGCGACCACAUCGGCCUUGAGGGAGCCUUGGGGUUGCGGACAGACCCGCCGGGAUACAGCCUCGUGCCCAGCAAGGCCGGCUGCGUCGCGGUGCGCGUGGGCGCCGAGGCGAUGGGCCGCACGGUGAGCUUUUUCCCCGAGCAGGUGCCCCGGCUGGUCUCGGCGGGCGGCCUGCGCGCCUUGCCGCCGGGCAACCGGCUGCUGACGCAGGAGGCCGAGGGGCAGGUGUGGUCCGACCUGCGGCGGCUGAUGGGCCAGGCGCUCGCCACGGAGGACUUCACCUCCGAGCACGGCGCCACGGUCUCGAAGCGCAUCAGGAGGGAGGUGUACUUCACUGGCGUCAGAAUCACGAGCGCGGGCACGCCGAGCAACGAGAUGGCGCUGCUGAUGGAGGGCAGGGUGUCCCGCAUCACCACCAACAACAUCAAGACCGUCUUCGAGGCGCCGCACUAUUUCGACGAGUGCAUCUUCAUGGGGCUGCAGAGCUGCCAGAGCGCCACCGUCACGGCGCUGUCGCCCUGCGUGGUGUGGUUCGUGCCCGCCCUCGCCGCCGAGCCCGCGGAGGCUUCGGAGGAGCUGGCGCCCCUCCGCGGCCUGGUGCUGGAGGCGGCUUCCCAGAGGCGGGAGCUGAUGAACGGCCUGCAGGCCCGGCUGCGGAACAUGAGGACGUUCCGCAAUUUCCCUUCGGAGAUUCUGGCGCUGAUCAGCGAGCACGUGGACAUCCGUACGUACAUGCCAGGGCAGGAAAUAGUUCAGCUUGCUUAUGACGGCGAGUGUAUGAUCGUGCUGCUGAAGGGGAAGGCGGAGAUGCACUCGUCGGGGAGGAUCAGGACCGUCAACGCCGGCUACACCCUCACGGAGUCGAUCAGGGCCAACAAGAAGAUCCGCACGACAGCAACGACCAUGUGCAUCUGCAACGCCAUCCACCGCUCCAUCAUAUCGUCGACCCUGGCGCGAGCCUUGGUGCCUGGACCUUCGCCCAGCCAGGCGCCCCGCUUCCGGGAGGGCUCCAUCGUGCUGGCGUCCUGGCAGGAGCAGUGUUCAGGAGGCGGGGUGCCCGGCGCACGGCGCAAGGGCGUGAGACCCACCACUGGUUCAGUGAGGCCUACCACCACUGGUUCGACGAGGCCUACCACAACCACAACCAGCACAGAAAAGGACGGUCGACAACGGCUGCGUGUAACAAGGACGGCGACGUCCUCCCCGUCGGGCAGGACGACCACGCCCAGCUGCGGCCCCAGGCCGGAGGUGCCCCCCGUGCCCUCGAACCUCUACCGCGCCCCCCCGGCCGCGGUCGAGAAGCUGACGGAGCUCUUCGACAAGAUCGUGCCGGCUGGCGCCGCCACCGCGGCUGCGCACAUGUACGGCAUGGGCAACCACGGGCGUGCCGAGAAGGAGGAGGAGGAGUGGUGUUCGCGCCACGACCUGCACUCCCAGGGGCACAACGGCAAGGCGCGGCGCAUCUGGCCGACCUACACGUCGCCGCUGCCGUCGAGGUCGGCGCAGCAGGCGCACUACCGCAGGGGAGCUCCCGCCCCGCGCCCGAGAGGCGCGGACCUCGGGAUCUCGCUGGUGGGCCACCUCGAGGCGCUGGCCUCUUCGCUGCUGCGCUACAGCUGCAGGAGCAGGCUCGAGCCCACGCUGGAGCAGCCGGAGGAGGACUCGGACGCGGACCCGGAGGAGUCCGAGGCGUGGUCCCCGGAGCCGCCACACGCGGAAGAGCAUGCGGCGGCCGCCGAGCUCGACGCCAUCCAGGAUUACGACGAGAGCGCGGUGCAUCAGGAUUUGUUCAGCGAUUUCGAUGAAGACCAGAGUGAGUACCAAUACGAGUACAUCGCUGGGGUCGAGGACCUCCCGCUCUCGAUGAUCGAGGACCUGCCCGUGGAGGGGCACCUGCCCUGCCUCCUGGAGGACGAGGCCGAGGGCCAGGAGGGCGAGGACACCGCAUCCGAGGACUCCGUGUACCAGGCGUCCAGCGAGAAGGCCUCUUUGCCGCCGCAGUACCCGCGGUUGGACUUCACGCCCUCGGGCACCUCGAUAUCGCUGGACAGCGGCAGGUCCUCCGUGGAGGACGAGGCCCGGGCGCUCGUUACGCUCGGGGGCGUCGGCGAGGACGAGGCGCAGGUGCGCCUGAUGGCGCUGUCCAGCAGGCCUACGGCGGCAGACUUAGUUGAAGCUUUGAAGAAUUCCUUCAAGGAGUGCACGGGUACCGGGUUUGAUCAGGAGCUGUUCCACCCUUUCGCUAGGAAGGCUUUCGGGCUGGUGCAGCAUCGCCACCUCAUCGAGUCCGCGCAGGCCAGUCAGUUCCCCGUGUGGCAAUUGUACCUCCGAGUGCAGAUUCAUCGAGCGACCAUACUCAUCGAUGUUGCUGGCGGGGUUGGUUCCGUUUUGGAGGUCCAGCAAACGAUUGUACCAGGCUGUACAUUUUCCACUUGCAUGUCGCAGGUCAUGUUAUUCGGCCUUCUCGACGCCGCGCAGGCGGCCGUUCUCGCCGUGCAGCUCUCCGUCAAUGCUCUCGACCACGCGCUCCGCGAGGUUCGCGCUAGGUUGUGUAAGCUCGAGAUCCCUCGGUUCUCCAUCAAAGGCCGCCCGGCCCCUGGCAGCGACGGGGCCGCCGACCCAUGGGCCGGGCCAGCGGUGUCGCAGGUGAUGGCCCAUGUGGCAAGGCGAAAGUCCUUCCGUGCUUCCUCGUCUUUCAGCGGGAAGGUCGCCAGCCAGGCCUACGGAGCGGGGCCGCACAAGCUGAUCGUGAACCAGCUCCUCGCCCAGGCCGACCCGCGCGAGGCCGCGUCCGUGGCCGCGCAGUUCGCGGAGGUGCGGCGGCAGGUGCGGGAGCGCCAGGCGCGCGCGGCCCCGCGCGGCGGCGGCCAGAGCCGGCGCCCGCACCGCGCGGAGCUCUCUCCGCUCGGGCCGCUGGCGGCCGCGCAGCCCGGCGGCGCGCCGAGGGCGCCCCCGCUGGCGCAGCUGCCGCUGGAGCGCCCGGGCACGGCCGGAAACGGGCCCCACGGCGUGCGGGGAGGCGAGCACAGUGUCGUCACCGACCCCAGUUGCUUCAGCUUCGUCUCUGAGUACACCUCCGACGCCGAUGUGCCGUCCGCCGGCAGCGCGGUGCGGCACACGAGGUCCGAUUCCGCGCUGCGCGCGACGGCCGUGCGGCGGCAUGUGCCGCUGGUGCCCCUGGCGGGGCCGCCGGUGUCCGCCGCCGGGGGCGGCCUCGGCCAGCAGGCGUCCCCGCUGGCGCCGCGGGCGGACCAUGGCGCCGCCACCGGCAGGCGAAGGAGCUCCUCGGAGGCCGCCCUGCCGCCGCCGGCGCCCUCGCCUGCGAGGCAGCCCCUGCGGGAGCCCGCGCAGGGCGGCGGCGGCAGCCUCAGCCCAGCCGCCCGCCACCAGUCCUCGCCGUCGGGCACCAGCCAGCCGCUGGCGGCGGUCGGCGCCAGCCCGCCGGCGGCCACAGCAGCCGCGGACGCGGCGCGCGCGCCCGCGAGCGCGGGCGGGGCCAGCGCAGCGCCGCGCCUCGGCGGCGGCAGCGGGGCCGCCGCCGCAGCGCCGCCGCCGACCGUCCGCCGCGUGGCGACGGAGCCGCGCGACGCGGCGGCCGCGGCGCUCGUUCGCCGCGUGGCGGCGGAGCCGAUCGGCGCCGCGCCGUCGACGCCCGCCGGCCAGGGCGGGGCGCCGAGCCGCUCGACGAGUCUGGCGCCCGCGGGCCCCGCUGGCGACGCGCCGAGCCGCUCGUCGAGCCCGCCGCGCAGAGGGAUCCUGGCCGUGGCGGCGCAGAUCCCGAAGGAGGCGGCGCAGCAGGGCCCCACGGAGAGGUCGGCUUCGAAGGCCUCGGAGGCGUACAGGCACGCGGCAUUGCGGGAGCUCGGCAGGAGCAAGUCGCCCCGUCCGGGCGAGCUCGCGUCGCAGGCGCCCUCCCGCAGCGUCAGCAAGAGCAAUAGCGUCCGAGGCUCCAACGGCCCCGCCCUCCGGGACCCGGAGGCCCAGGCGUCAGCCGCCGCCUCGCCGCCCGCCGAGAAGUCCCAGGUGGGCCUGCGGCGGAGCUUCGCCCAGGCCAGCCUCGGCACGCGCGUCUGCGCCUCCCUCAGCAUCGGCAGCCGCGCCAGCCGCCAGGCGCUCAGCGCGCGCGUCUCGAGCCACGACCCGCCGGCCCUGGAGCCCGCCGCCGCGGUGGAGGAGGACAGCGACGACAACGUGUCGGAGCUCUCGCACGAGCCCGAGGCGUUCGACCGGCGCUACGCGCACGAGAUCUCCAUGCACGUGCCGGUGCGGCUCGCGCGCCGCAUCAGCAGGGACAGCCCAGCUUCCGAGCUGGCGAACGCGUGGAGGGCCACCUUCGAGUGUUUCCAGGACGACCGCGAAAUCCACAAGGACCAGCUGGCGGUGGCCCUGCAGAAGCUCGGUUUCCUGGAGGUGAGGGACGACUGGGUGGCGGAGCUGGCGCUGCGGAUCACGAAGUACAGCACGCUGGACGAAGACGAGUUUGACAGAUUCGUCCAGCUGUACGAGGAGAGGUUCUCAGAGGACUUCGCCAAGCUCUUCGCCGAAUUCCACGAGGGGGGCGGGCAGCACAUGCACCUGGAGGAGGUGUCCAAUCUGCUCAAGGCUCGAGGCCUGGCCACCAUGAAGUACGCCAUACAGGAGGUCCUGGAGGAGCUGCACACCGCCAGGGACGGCGAGGCGUGGCGGCUGGAGCCGAUGGCCUUCCUGCAGCUGAUCGACCUGAUGCGCGAUCGCGAGAUGUUCCCGAAGGACGAGCUGCACGAGCUGCGGCAUGCGUUCUCCAAGUGGUCCAGGAACGGCGAGAUGCACGCCACCGACGUGCUCCAGGUCUUCCUCUUCCUGGGCUGGAGCAGCCACUCGCCCGCCGUGGUCUCGCACUGCGACGAGCUGGUGAAAAUGCACAAGGGUGCCAGGCUCGGCAUCAACCAGCGCGAAUUCCUUCUUGUUGCGCGCAAGGUGCGCGAGAGGGAGAUCGCCCUGGUGAAGGAGGAGGUCGAGAAGCCCCAAGUUGGCACCAGCCAGGGGCGAGCACUGGCGGUCUGGCGAAGGCUGGGCUACGCCGUCGAGGAGGUGGAGGUCGAGGACGCCGCCAAGGAGGUGGGGCUGUCCUUGGAGGAGUGGAUGGGGCUCGACGACACGUGGAAGGUGCUGCUGCGCUUCCGCAGGCGCGAGGGCUUCUGCGAGCGCGAGGUUGAAAAGUUGAAAGAGCACUUCAUGCGGGGCGAUGACAACAACGACGGGGAGCUCUGCGUGACGGAGGUUGCCCGCACGCUGAGGGCGAUGGGCUACUCGGCCUCCUGCGACGUCGCCCAGAUGUUGGUGGCCCAGGUGGACGCGGACCUGUCCGGAGCGCUGGACUUCCGGGAGUUCAUGAAGUUGGUCCGCAUCUACAGGGAGACGUGCAACAGCCGCGCGCGCGCCGCGUUUCUGCGCCACGCGCCGAACGCCAGCGUCCGAUGCGACGUGCAGCAGGUGUGCGGGGCGUCGUGGGCGCUGCAAGGCUUCGAGGAGAUCGCCGACGCGGAGGACCUGGGCCAGGCGGCGCGGGGGCUGCUGCAGGCUCAAGAAGGUGCGGUCGGCAUCUUCGGCUUCAUAUCCGCGACCAACCGCUGGCGCGAGCACGACAGGGAUCUCCGCAAGGCGCGGUGCGGGUUCGGCGAGCGGGAGACGCAGGACCUGAUGGCCCGCUUCCGUGCCACGGCCGUGGACGAGGAGGGCUCCGGGCUGCGCCUGCCGCCGCAGGCGCUGCAGCGCCUCCUGGCCGAGCAGUACCCCGACCUGGCCUGCAGCCGUGACCUGCGGCCAACCUUCCGGGAGCUGCUGAGAGACGCGGAGCUCACGCCGCGCGGCGGCCUGCACUUCCAGGGCUUCCUGAAGCUGGCCCGGGGCUGCCACGACCUCAUGGAGCAGGAGCAGCUCCGCCGCGAGAAGGAGUCGGUGAAGGAGCUCGGCUUCCAGAAGCACGAGGUCGAGGCCUUCCGGGAGCUCUUCCUGGGGGGCGGCGACCGCACCUCGCUGUCGCUGGAGGAUGUCCAGUCCAUGCUCUCCACGGUCGUGCCGAUGGGCCACAACAACUGCCAGGAGUUCGAGAAACUCUUCGGCCAGGUCGCUUCCAAGAAGCCGAACGGCAAGAUCGGAGUCAACUUCCCGGAGUUCCUCCUCUUCAUCAAGAGGUGUUUGGAAGGAGACCUCGGCUGCAUCAACAAGCACGCGGAGCGCGCCCGGAAGCGCAAGACGCAGGACUCGCCGCACGCGGAGCGCGCCUCGCCGAGGUCUUCGAUCCGGAGGUCCUCCGUCUUCCGCACGGAGUCGACGCAGCACCUUCGCCGCUCCUCAGCCGUCGUCCAGGAGUGGUCGAUUCGCGAGUUGGCCACCGAGGAGCCGACCUGA